AGCAUAAUCGAAUCCAACCACUGGUUAAACCCAUGCGCUUCACGCUGGGCUGUGGAUGGAACAGGGCUAAACAUAACGGACUAGAGAACAGAGAGAAAAACAUAUUGAACCGAUAAACAACCACCAAAAGGGGCUUUUGGUGGGACAACAAGGUACAGCCAACUCGCCGAGUCUCACCUCAUUCUAUUGGCUUCUGAGCCCUGUCUGCUAAAGGUACAGCCAGCCAAUCAGUGAAUUGUUGCCGUGACUCUGAGAUCUGCCUGGUGCUGUGAAGAAGACGUUUUCCUUCUGAGCCCAUCCUCCAGUCCCCACUCUGCCACUUUUUACAUGACUAGGACUGUCACUUGCUCUCCAUUAAGCCGUCUGCCUGUCACAGCCUAUUAUCACCAGCUCAUCUACAAUUUUAACCUCAUCAUUGGCUGUUGCUGUUCUAUGUCUGAUUCCUAAUUGAACGUCAGCCAUUGACCUCCUCCCUGACUGGCUCCCUGGAUUAGCUUUGACCUUUGACCUCUGCCACAGCCAAAUACGACUACGGCCAGGUGAGAAUGGAGCAGGUGUAUGCGUCGGGGAUGGCCGCCAAGUUGCGCAGCCAGUGGGACCGGGACGAGGGUCUGGGCCAGAACCACAACGCAGUCAAGUUCUUAGGCCAGGACUUUGAGUCGCUGAGGGCCCGGUGCCUCCAGAGCCGCAGCCUGUUUGAGGACAGCCUGUUCCCCUGCGCCUCCUCCUCUCUGGGGUUCAAUGAGUUGGGACCACGCUCCUCCAAGACCAAAGGAGUACGCUGGAUGAGACCUACGGAGGUCUGUACCCGACCUCAGUUCAUAGUGGAUGGAGCCACUCGCACGGAUAUCUGCCAGGGAGCUUUAGGUGACUGCUGGUUGCUGGCAGCCAUAGCCUCGUUGACUCUGAACGACAACCUCCUCCACAGAGUGGUGCCUCAUGGACAGGACUUCGGAGGCCAGUACGCUGGCAUCUUCCACUUCCAGUUCUGGCAGUACGGGGAGUGGGUGCAGGUGGUGAUUGAUGACAGGCUGCCGGUGAAGGAUGGGAAGCUACUCUUUGUCCACUCUGCCGAGGGAGGAGAAUUCUGGAGCGCCCUGCUGGAGAAAGCCUACGCCAAGCUGCAUGGCUGUUACGAGGCCCUGUCGGGAGGCAGCACGUCCGAGGGUUUUGAGGACUUCACAGGAGGGGUAACGGAGAUGUAUGAGCUGAGGAAAGCGCCCUCUGACCUCUACAGUAUCAUCAGCCGGGCCGUGGAGAGAGGAUCGCUGCUGGGCUGCUCCAUAGACAUCACCGGUAGUCAGGACAUGGAGGCUGUGACCUUUAAGAAGCUGGUGAAAGGUCACGCCUACUCAGUGACCGGGGUCGACGAGGUGGUGUACAGGGGGAAUAUGACCAAACUGGUCCGCAUACGCAACCCCUGGGGAGAGAUAGAGUGGACUGGUGCCUGGAGUGACAACUCCAGAGAGUGGGAGAGCGUGGACCGGUCAGUCAGAGGGCGACUCCAGAACCGCAGCGAGGACGGAGAGUUCUGGAUGUCAUUCAGCGACUUCCUGCGUGAGUUUACGCGUCUGGAGAUCUGUAACCUCACAGCAGACGCCCUGGAGGCCAACCAGCAGAAGAAGUGGAGCUCAGCCGUCUACCAGGGGGAGUGGAGGAGGGGCAGCACGGCCGGGGGCUGCAGGAACUUCCCCGCCACAUUCUGGAUCAACCCACAAUUCAAGAUCGCCUUGCAGCACCCCGACACAGCCGGCCAAUCAGAUUGCAGCUUCCUGGUGGCGCUGAUGCAGAAGGACCGGAGAAAGAAACGCAAGGAGGGAAAGGACAUGGAGACCAUCGGAUUCGCCAUUUACGAGGUUCCUAAUGAGUACGUGGGUAGAUCAGGCAUCCACCUGAAGAGAGAUUUCUUCCUGACGCAYGGUUCCAGCGCCCGCUCUGAGCUCUUCAUCAACCUGAGAGAGGUGAGCUCUCGCUUCCAGCUGCCCGCCGGGGAGUACAUCAUCGUCCCUUCCACCUUCGAACCCCAGAAGGAGGGAGACUUUGUCCUCAGGGUCUUCUCUGAGAAACCAGCUAACUCAGAGGAGCUGGAUGAUGACGUCACAGCUGAACUUCCUGCAGAGUCUCAGCUGGACGAGAGCCAGAUUGACGCUGGCUUCAAGAGUCUGUUCAGACAGCUGGCUGGGGAGGACAUGGAGAUCAGUGCCACAGAGCURCAGACCAUACUCAACAGGAUCAUCAGCAAGCACAAAGAUCUGAAGACAGAUGGAUUUGGACCAGAAGCUUGUCGCACUAUGAUCAACCUGAUGGAUACUGAUGGUAGUGGUAAACUGGGACUGGCCGAGUUCCACGUGCUGUGGGAGAAGAUUAAACGAUACCUGACUGUAUUCCGUCAGUAUGACCUGGACAAGUCAGGCACCAUGAGUUCCUAUGAGAUGAGGAUGGCCCUGGAGGCGGCAGAAACCUUCAAGACGAUGGACACAGAUUCUGAUGGAGUCAUAGAACUCAACUUCUUCCAGUGGAUCACCCUGACCAUGUUUGCCUAAAGAUGAUGGACUCACUGAUGUUAUUGCACCAGACUACACUAAUGUAAUUUCAGAAGUGCCUUUCUCUGGCUCUUCCUCUCUGCACUGCAGAGAUCCAUGGAU